GGGGUGCAGCGCUGUGCCCGCAGCACUACAACCCUGGUCGUCGCGACGCAUAAAUGGCAUCGCCAGCCUUCCAAUUCCAUACACUAAAUACAAUUUACAAUACAUACUUGCGCCAUCAUACUAUUCAACGCAGCACAUCCAUCCUGGCACUGUCGUCAAUACAUCAAUACCCGAGCGAUACUUCCUUUGUCGCACUCGGGACACAAUGCCUGCCGGCAUGAUUACUUCUCUUCCGCCUAGCCUGGAGUGGGCGCCAGUGCAUUUGACGUGCCGACCAAUCAGGACACUGCCACCGUCGCUGGGGUCACCGCUCGGGGUGUCGUCUUGCCCGACGACGGUUCGCCGCGACACGGUGCCGCCGCCGCUACCGCCCGCUCUCCGGUCCGCGCUACCGUCGCUCGCGACCUGCGCCCCUCCGGCGCCUCUCCAGCCCCAGCAGCAACAGCCUCAGCCCAACUACGUGCGCGUCGCGGGCGGCGCCAGCUCCGCCGCCGGCCCGCUGGGCAGCCCGCACCAUGAGCGCUUCAACCUGGUGCUGCCCGCAUCCUUCGUGGAGUGCAACUUCAUUCUCAACAACGUCCUGCAGCGCGGCGUCACCGUCGCCUUCCGCGUCGCCGGCUCCGCCUCCGCCCCUGCCUCUGCCCCGACCUCUAGCUCCAGCUCGGGAGCCGUGGUGGCGCGUGUGCACGGCGUCGUGCGGUGCCACGUGAACCCGCUGGGCCUCACCACGUAUCGCGUGUCGGGGCAGCAGCCCGCCGCCGUGUGCGGCUGCUCGCUGCUGCGCUGGGCGGCGGAGGACGGCUGCCUGGUCAUCGAGCUGGCGGUCAGGGAGCAGCAGCAGCAGCAGGCGCCCACGCCAGUGGCCGCCCGCCGCCUGUUCGGCGACUGCCUGCCUUCGCCCGCCACCAUCCGCAAGGAGCCCAUGGCCCGCACCCGCGCACUGGCGGAGCAGCGGUACCAGCCCUCGCCCCUCAAGCCCCAGCAGCCCCAGCACCAACAGGCUGUGGCGGCGCCCGCUGCCGCUGCCGCUGCCGGCUACCAGCUGCCGGCGCCGCUGCCCUUCUCGCUUUCCCUGGCUGAGCCUGUGGAUACCUCGGCGCAACAGCUGCAGGCGGCGCAGCAGCCCACAGCGGCGACCUGCACCGCUUCCGCUGCCACUGCCGUUGCCGCUGCCGCUGCCGCUGCCUCGGCCUUCGUGGUGCAGCAGGCAGCUGCGGCGGACAUCCUGGUGCCGCAGCCUCAACCGCAGCCCCAGAACCAGGUGGCGACUGAGGCCAAGCAGGUGCAGCUGCGCUCGCACAACAGCGACCCCGGCCCGCGCGCCGCCGCCAUGCCCGCCCGCGCCCUCCGCAGCCGCGCUGCAGCCAGCACGCAGACGCAGCGACAGCACCCACAGCCCGCCGCCAUCUUGCGCUCCAAGCGCCUGGCUGACAAGGCCGCGGCCGCCGCCGCAGCCUCGGCGGCGGAUGCCGCGCCGCAGGCUGCCGCCGCCGCCCCCAAGCGCCACCGCCGCACCGCCAGUGCUGAGGCCGCCGUGCCGUCUGACUUCAUGGAGGCUGAGCUGUCGGAGCUGUCUGUGGACGAGCAGCACGUGGACGAGCUCUCCGGCAUUGAGCUGCUGCUGGCGGCCCACGUGGUGAUCAGCCGCCGUGAGCAGCAACAGCAGGUGCAGGCGCAGACGCAGGAGCCCGCGGAUGCUGACGAGGCCGGGCGGCCCAAGCGCAUGCGGCUGCAGAAGACCUUGUCACUCUAAAGCAGGGCACGAUUGAGGGUGCGGGCAGGGGGCAACGUACAUACACACACAGCAGGCACAGUUGGCACAGCAUGAUGACAUACCUGUACAGCACGUGGCGGGGGCCGGGCGCUGCAAGGUGCUGUGCUGCGUUUGAGCGCGUGGCGGCGACCCGUGUGACGCGGCGCGUCGGCACACAUGGCGCUUUUGGGCCGCGUAUCACGUGGAUGCCGCGUCACGUACUACAGCCGCUGCCGCGAUGGCAAUGGCGCACGGACAGACCUGUUAGAGGGGGAUUUAGAUUUGACAAUUAGGGAGGUGGUAGGCUGGUAACGAACAUUCAGGCGUGUAGCGUACCAAGUGUUUAUCUUCUGCAGGGAACUCAAUGCUGCAAUGUAGACAGUACUGCGUGACAGUACUGCUAGCACUAGCACUACGGACGGUGGCUUUAUGGAUGCGUGUGGCAGGACCCGCAAGCACAGGAACUAACUUUGCAGACAGACAGCAGCUGAGAACCACCGCACUGUGUACUUGCUGACGUGGAACCCCCAGUUUUGACGGGUAAGCGAAUGCUCUUCAUUUGAUGUUCAGUUAUCUCUUUCUCUCUCUUGCGCGCGUGCUGCUGGCUGGUGAUGUUGCAAGGAUUGCCCCAUAGGCCCAGAGGCAAAAACCUGACAAAGGGCAUGCCACCACGUGAUCCCCACUUGAAAUGUGAAGUUCUGGUCUAUGGACCUACACCGGAUGCGUGGUGCGCGUGCGAACAGAACUGCGCAACCUCAAUCCGUACCAAUUGUAAACAUGAGUUGGA